AGCAAUCACCGUGCCGUAUGUAAUUACUAGUCCGUAUGUAAUUACUAGUUAUCCUACUUACCAAUUUGACUAUGGACCAGCACCAUAAAUAUCCGAAGCAGAGGUAUAUAAAUCAAAGAUAAGAUAGUUUCAUUGUCUGCAAAACUUUUCCAGUCUUCCACAAUGGUGUCCUUUCUGCAUUUACUUCUAGCUCUUUCUCUUUUUGUUUUCAUUAUCCUGUUCAAGAAAUCUAAGAAACCAUCAACCCUUCCACCAGGUCCAAGAGGCAUUCCCAUCAUAGGUAAUCUUCAUCAACUAGACACUUCAAAUCUCCAUUUGCAACUAUGGAACCUCUCAAAAAUCUAUGGCCCCUUUUUCUCCCUUCAAAUUGGCUUGAAGCAAGCUAUUGUUAUUUCCACACCAAAACUUGCCCAAAAGGUCCUCAAUGACCAUGGUCUUCAUGUUUCCAGCAGACCCCCCUCUCUUGGUUCACAAAAGUUAUCUUACAAUGGAUUAGACAUGAUUUUUUCUCCAUAUAAUGAUUACUGGAGAGAAAUCAGAAAAAUUUGUGUGGUCCAUUUCUUUAGCUCCAAAAAAGUCUCUAGUUUUUCCCAUAUAAGAAAACAUGAGGUCAAGGAAAUGAUCAAAAAGAUCUCAGGGCAUGUUUGUUCUUCCAAAAUCACGAACCUGAGUGAGAUCAUAAUGUCGGUCUCCAGCUCUAUUAUCUGCAGGAUUGCUUUUGGGAGAAAGUAUGACGAGGAAGGAGCUGAAAAAAGCAGGUUCCAUGGGCUUCUUAAUGAGACACAGGAUAUCUUCACUUCCUUCUUCAUUUCAAAUCACAUUCCUUUUCUGGGGUGGAUCGAUAGACUCACAGGAUUACUCGCUCGUCUUGAAAACACUCACAAGGGAUUGGAUGCGUUUUUCCAAGAAGUCCUUAACGAGCAUCUCGAUCCUAAUAGGAAGAAAGAAGCUGAAGAGGAUGACGAUGUAGUUGAUGUGAUGCUUGAGCUUCAGAAGCAGGGUCACCUCUCAAUUGAUCUCACCCAUAAUCAUAUCAAAGCUAUCAUGUUGGACCUACUAGUUGCAGCAACUGACACAAGUGCAGCCACAUCAGUUUGGGUGAUGACUGGAUUGAUGAAGAACCCAAGAGUAAUGAAAAAAGCUCAAGAAGAAGUUCGAAAUCUUUACGGCAAGAAAGAUUUCAUUGAUGAAGAAGAUAUUCAAAAGCUUAUAUAUCUGAAGGCAGUGAUAAAAGAGACACUGAGAUUUUACGCACCAGCACCACUAGUACCGAGGGAAGUGAAUAGAAGUUUCAUGAUAGAUGGGUAUGAAAUACUUCCCAAGACAUUGGUAUAUGUGAAUGUUUGGGCGAUCCAUCAGGACCCUGAGGCUUGGGAAGACCCGGAAGAGUUCUAUCCUGAGAGAUUCUUAAACAAUGAUAGAGAUUUUAAAGGGCAAGAUUUUGAGUUGAUUCCAUUCGGCGCGGGGCGUAGAAUUUGCCCAGGCAUACCAAUGGGAAUUGCCACGGUGGAACUUAUUACUGCAAACCUUGUUAAUUCAUUUGAUUGGGAAAUGCCUACUGGAAUGACACCGAAAGACAUAGAUAUUGAAGGGCUACCAGGACUUGCCCGACACAAGAAGAAUCAUCUUUGUCUUGUUGCCAAGAACUCUAUGUGAAAGUCACAAGACGUGUAACAAUGCAAUCAUCUUUGCUAACUGUAUUGCCUAAAAGAGUUGAUCUAGUAUAAAAUAAUUAAUGCUUUUCUUGUGUGAAUC